AACAAACGCAGCCGCUGCUGACUGUGGACUGUGGUUAAAUGUGAAACUGAAGUAGUGUGAUCAGUGUCGGGAGGCAGACAUGGAAGGGACCACCCUGUAGUCUGGACCACAGGGACAUGGAGGAGAUAAGUCCUCUGCUGGGUGUCCGUCCACAGGAGGACCCAGAGCUCCUGUCCCCAAACCUGAGGCCCAGACACCAGAACCUGGUCCCCACACCAUGUGGACCGAGGAAGAGAUGGUCGGAGCUGUCCUGCCCUCUCAGACUCUACUACUCUUUCACCAUCCUGUCUCUGCUGGUGCUGGUUGGGAUCACCCUGUCCAGUAUCGUCAAGCAACGCAUGAGCAGAGACGUCUCCGAUGAGGACAACUUCACCGUGUCUCUCAUUCUGCUUGUCGGAAACUUGUUCUGUAUCUACUACAUCAGUCGUGGAGUUCUGCAGGAGAACAGACAGGAGUUGAUGGCCUUCAUUCUCUGCAUCGCCGUCAUCAUGGUUCGGUCACUGGUCAACUUCAUUGUGCAGGGGUCAAAGGGCAAACAGGAGCUGGAGCCUCGUUUCGUGUACAUCAUGGUUCUGGGUGUCUUCCACAUCAUCGUCUGCACCAUGUGCCUCAUUUGGAGACCCAACAUGAUGGCGUUCCGUGUGGGCGGGGCAUUGGAGAGUCUCCAGGACCAGUACUUCUUACUCAACCUCUGCUUCUCCAUGGUGACCUUUGACCUGCAGGCCCAGCUGUGUCUGUGCAUCCUGAUCACAACAACAGAAUCCAACAUGUCCGCCACCAACGCCAUCAUCCUGGGCGUCGGGGUGUUCUGGGCCGUGGUGGUCGCUGCCGUCGGCGCUGUGGCGGUUUUAAAGGAGGCCAGGGUCUUGGUGUGGACCUUCAUGGUGCUGAACCUUCCCCAGGUCGCCUUCUUUAUCUAUGUGAUGUACGAGAUCAUUAAACAGUGGUACUCAGACUCCGUCUACAUCAUGGAAGCUGCUGCUGUCACCGGGGCGUUGGUUUCUCUGCUGAUUAAAGGGGUUCUGCUGUGUGUUCUGGUCCGACUGGUGCAGCGCUUCGGCCAAGGCCUCAGGGAGAGGAUGUUCGAGGCGUCGAAGGCAGUGGCAGAACCUGAGGACGAAGGACGGCGCUGACACGUGGAUCCAUGAGUCCAGUGUGCUCCAUCCCAGGUCUGGUCUUUAAUGCUGAGCUGAUGAUGUGGUGGAACCCCCCCCCCACCACCACCACCACCCCCACUACCACC